UCCUCACACCCCAUCCCAUCCCACAACCAGCCAGCCAGCUAUUCCAGGGGUAGGCCCUCGUCGACCAACAGCGAGCCUGACGCUCGCUCUGUCCACAACCCCAUCUCCUCUCCAUUUGGCUUGACUUGACUUUGUUGACCCAUGCAGCUCUGCACCUACCUCGUCGCCCACGACGGUGCGGCCGACAGGCUCGAAGCCCACUUGCGCGCCAUCGGCGUCGUCAGCGCUUCUAUUGCGACUGCCUCUGCCUCUGCAACGGGGCGCUUGCGAGCGACCAGCACGACGGAGGCCACACAAUGCGUAUAUGAGCGAGGUACGCUUGACGGCAUGAACCACUUCCUGCUCCUGUGCCCCCUGCAAGCGCCGAGCUUUGCCGCGCACGAGUACAUCCUUGCUCAGCUCUUGGCGCGCUGCGGCGGCUCGCUCGCAGGCGUCGUCCGCUCCGACUGCACCUGGGUCGACGAUGAGGAUGACGCGCCGGCGUCGCUGCAGCCCAUCCUGCGCCGCUGUGCCGCGGCUGAGAAAACAAGCGGAAAGCCGCUGCUGCAGGCGGCUCUCGGCGAUGACGCCGCCAUUCCUUGGGUCAUACCGGACCUGCAACUGACCUCAGUCCAGCAACCUAGCAUAUCUGUGCAACGUCCGUCCGCAUGUGCUACUGCUGCUACUAAGAGCGGCGCAGCAAGUGCACCGCCAUCGGCCAUUUGGCAAGAGACGCCGAUGAAGAGCCAUGCAAUCAGAAAGUCUAGCUCGCUCGCCGUGCUGUUUAGGGUAGCUGUGAAGGUGUGUUCGCACAAACGCGGCCGCUCACGGAGCCCCGCCGGUGCUGUCGGCGCAAAUCAACGUGUAUUCAACGCCACGGAGCAGCGAGAGCGCGGCCCUACCCGUCGACAGCGCCAACACGAGCAGCACAACCCUCUGGUGCGCCUCAGCAGGGAGAGCCGCGGGAGGCAGAUCAAGGAGCUAUGCGAUCUGCUCGAUAUCGACAACGACCUCAGCAUCACGGCGCGCUCGCUUCUCGGAUCACUCGCCAUCAACGUCUUCGGCGGUGCCGGCGCCGCGAACAGCGACCGCGCGUGGCCGCUGCUCGUGCCCAUGCUCCCGUCGCUACCAGCCGGGCGUCUCAUGGGAUCAGCAGCAGGCACAGCGGACAAGGGCGGCUCUUCCUCUUCGCAGAGAGAUGCUCAGGAGGAGCUGGAUGCACACAUAGACGCGCUCGAAGAGCAGCUGUCCACGUUGCUCGGCUGCGACGGCCUCGCAUGCGCGCUGCGCCUCGCCGAGUGCGCGCUGCGCGCCGACGAGUGGGCCGAGGCGGUGCGACAGGCGCAUCUGGCGGAUGCAAAAAAGGCGGAAGACGUGCGCUGGAGGAGGGCGCGACUUUGAUGCGCCCUAGGUGCUUUCGAGCAGAGCACGUGUCGCGGAGGGAAGUUGGCGGUUCGGAUUUGUUGUACUUCUGUCACGAAUGAUGAUUGAUCAGUCAUGCGCGCUGCAUACCUACAGCAUCCCACCCGUAGAGAUUGGCACCGGUCGCGAUAGCACCACCCGACGACGCGUCUGCC